AUGCGACCUACACCAGGCCAGAGCAGAGGACUUACCGAUGAAGAAAUUUGUGAACUUAUAGAAUGUACUAGUGAUACAGAGUGUUUUAGCGAAAGCAGCAACAGUUCCGAAAGUGACAGUGAUGUACUUGACGAUAUUGUGGGUGAAAGUGAAGACGAAAUCGAAGAUGAACAAUACACUGAACUUAUUGUAACUGAUACGAAUCACUCAGCUAAAAAGGUUAUAACUAAACAUGCUACAUUGUGCAAACCGUAUAAGAAAUUGAAGAAUGUGACAAGUACGAAGGUAAGAGGUUUUAUUGCUUGCUUACUAAAUAUGGGACUCAAUAAAAGGCCCACAAUGCUAUCAUACUGGAGCACAAAACAGUCACAGGAAUUUCCAUGGUUUGGUAAAAUGUUUUCUGCCUAUCAAUUUAGGCAUCUGAUGAAAUUCUUUCAUCUUGUGGAUAGUGAGAAACGUCCAGCACCAGGCCAUCCUCAUUAUGACCCAUGUAUCAGGUACCAGCCAUUGGUACAUCAUGCUAAUAAUAUAUUUAGACAUCGUUACACACCUCAAGAACAACUGAGUAUUGAUGAGUGUCUAGUUGGCACUAAAUGUCAGACUUCCCUAUUACAGAAUUUGCCAAACAAACACCCCCACCAAUGA